AUGUAUCCCAAAUAUCUUAUUUUUACCCUCGUGGCCGGCGUCGUAGCCGUGCCCGUGACCUUGCCGAACGGUGCCGCCAAGAAUACCGGCGCCCUUCAGGCCCGCAGCACCGUCGUCUCAGCCCCCUCGGCGCCCGUCGUCGACGUCCCCCCAGUCGCCCCAGCGCCCACCACAGUCUUCCCAAGCGACGACGACGUCCAGUUGCAGGAAAAGUCUCGCGGAUCCAAGAAUCACGGCUCUCACCAUGGCGUUCAUAAGCGCAGCGACUCCGACAACAAAAAGAAAGACGACAGUAAGAAAGACACCACGAAGAACUCAGACUCGAAGUCCAGCUCUAGCUCUGGCUCUAGUUAUGUCUCGAUCGCCGAGGUGCUCGGUCACCCCCCCUCUCGGUCAUCCUCUCCGACUAAGAAGAAGCAGGACUGA